UACUUGACGUGCGUUACGUGGGACUGGGGAAGCAUGGGGGUAACUUUCAGGGUUAAGGUCGUUCUAGCUUUUUCCUCUCAGUGUUUACCUCCAAAUUGCUGAUUGUUUCUCAAUGCCUCGCGCUUGCCUAAUGCCUUUUAACGACAGUUACUCGAAAGGAGUUGUGCUUCCUUUCUGUCUUAACGUAAAGAGACGGGAAGGGAGGGAAGUUUGGGGAAACUGUUGAAGGCGUGCGCUUCCAUUGGCGUGAGUGAGUUGCUCAUGAGCAUAAGUACAAAUCUGUUUUCACCAGUACUGUCUGUCAUUGCAAGUUGUUCAGUAGUAUUAACAGCUGUAGAAGGCUGGUCCUAUUCUGGCUGGAUCUGGUCAUGACAAGGAAGUUCCUUUAGCUCAAGAGGGGGGCAGGUCUUCAGACCAGUGUAAUUUGAACGGGCACGUAUGGUCCAGACUGGUAUAUAGGUCAUUCAGUUAAUGUUAAAGCCACAAUGGGAAAGAGAAACGUGGUCAAAACAUCCUCCCAGACAAAAAGAAAUGUACUUCAAAAAGGGAUUUCCAACUGAUACCAUACAGCGCUCAAAAUGGAUCAGGGCUGUUAAUCGUGUGGACCCCAGAAGCAAAAAGAUUUGGAUCCCAGGACCAAGUGCUAUGCUAUGUUCCAAACAUUUUCAGGAAAGUGACUUUGAGUCAUAUGGGAUGAGAAGAAAAUUGAAAAAAGGAGCUGUGCCUUCUGUUUCUCUAUACAAGGUUCUCCAAGGUGUACACCUUAAAGGUAAAGCAAGACUGAAAAUCCUAAAAGAGCCACUUCCUGAUGAUUCUGAAGAGGUUACUACUGAGGAUCAUAACUACAGUUUAAGGAGACCUUUGACAAUAGGUACAGAGAAACUGGCUGAGGUGCAAGAGAUGCUACCAGUGUCCAAAAAGGGACUUGUUCCAGUAAAAAACUACAGGAUGAUCAAAAAGAGAAAGGGCUUACAAUUAAUUGAUACACUGGUGGAAGAGAAACUACUUUCUGAAGAAACAGAGUGUCUGCUACGAGCACAAUUUUCAGAUUUUAAGUGGGAAUUGUAUAACUGGACAGAAACAUCUGAGUACUCUACAGAAAUGAAACAAUUUGCAUGUACACUCUACUUGUGCAGUAGCAAUGUCUAUGAUUAUGUAAGAAAGAUUCUUAAGCUGCCUCAUUCUUCCAUCCUCAGAACGUGGUUAUCCAAAUGCAAAUCAAGUCCAGGUUUCAACAGCAACAUUUUUUCUUUACUUCAACAAAGAGUAGAGAAUGGAGACCAGCUGUAUCAGUAUUGUUCACUGAUAAUAAAAGGCAUAUCUCUCAAACAACAACUUCAGUGGGACCCCAGCAGUCACCAUUUGCAAGGGUUUAUGGACUUUGGUCUUGGCAAACUUGAUGCUGAUGAAAUGCCACUUGCCUCAGAAACUAUUUUGUUAAUGGCAGUAGGUAUUUAUGGUCAUUGGAGAACACCUCUUGGUUAUUUUUUUGUAAACAGGGCAUCUGGAUAUUUGCAAGCUCAGUUGCUUCGUCUGGCUAUUGGCAAACUGAGUGACAUAGGGAUCACAGUUGUGGCUGUUACGUCUGAUGCUACAGCUCAAAGUGUUCAGAUGGCAAAAGCAUUGGGGAUAAAUAUUGAUGAAGACAACAUGAAAUGUACAUUUCAGCAUCCUUCAUCUUCUAGUCAGCAGAUUGCAUACUUCUUUGAUUCUUGCCACUUGCUUAAAUUAAUAAGAAAUGCAUUUCAGAAUUUUCAAAGUAUUCAAUUUAUUAAUGGCAUAGCACAUUGGCAGCAUCUUGUGGACUUAGUAGCACUAGAGGAACAAGAAUUAUCAAAUAUGGAAAGAAUCCCAAGAAAACUUGCAAAUUUGAAAAACCACGUACUGAAAAUGAAUUGUGCUGCCCAACUCUUCAGUGAGAGUGUGGCCAGUGCAUUAGAAUGUUUACUAUCAUUAGGCUUGCCUCCUUUUCAAAACUGCAUUGGUACCAUCCAUUUUGUACGCUUAAUUAAUAAUCUAUUUGACAUUUUUAAUAGUAGAAACUAUUAUGGAAAGGGACAUAAAGGACCUUUAAUGCCUGAAACUUUCAGUAAAAUUAAUCACGUGUUAAUUGAAGCCAAAACUAUUUUUGUUACAUUAUGUGACACUAGCAAUAAUCAAAUUAUUAAAGGUAAGCGAAAAUUAGGAUUCCUGGGAUUUUUGCUUAAUGCUGAGAGCUUAAAAUGGCUCUACCAAAAUUAUGUUUUCCCAAAGGUAAUGCCUUUUCCAUAUCUUCUGACUUACAAAUUCAGUCAAGACCAUCUGGAAUUAUUUCUAAAGAUGCUUAGACAGAUAUUAGCAACCAGUUCUAACCCUACUUGUAUGGCAUUCCAGAAAGCUUACCAUAAUUUGGAGACCAGAUACAGAUUACAAGAUGAAGUUUUUCUAAGUGAACUAAGCAUCCUUGACAUUUCAAUUGCUCGAAGGACAGACUUGGCCCUUUGGACAGUUCAACGUCAGUAUGGUGUCAGCAUUAUAAAGACUCUUUUUCACAAAGAGGAUAUUUGCCAAGACUCAUCUAAUUGUUCAUUAAGUGAGGCAUUACUAGACCUGUCAGAUCAUAGGCAAAAUCUCAGCUGUUGUGCUGGUUAUAUUGCAGAUAAGUUAUCAUCUCUUUUAACUUGUGAGGAUUGCAUCAGUGCACUGUAUGCAUCGGAUCACAAAGCCUCUAAAAUUGGGUCACUGUUAUGUGUUAAAAAGAAGAAUGGUUUGCAUAUCCCUUCAGAAAGCUUAUGUCAAGUCAUAAAUAUUUGUGAGCGAGUUGUAAGAGUCCAUUCGAGAGUGGCAGUUUAUGAACAACUUCCUAAAUGGAGGGAAUUUUAUCUUCAACAGAAAAUACUAUGUGAGCUUUCUAGUUAUAUUGAUCUUUUUGUAGAUUUAGAUGAGCAUCUCUUUGAUGGAGAAGUGUGUGCCAUCAAUCACUUUGUAAAGUUACUAAAGGAUAUAAUAAUCUGUUUCUUAAAGUUCAGAACUAAAGAUGUAGCUCAUUUCCCUUUAAAACACCAUUCAGAAAGAAUUGAAAUGAAAACUUUGUCAAGGAAAUACUGGUUAUCUUUACAGGAUUACAGAUGUUCAGGUUUUGCUAAUACCAAUAAAUUCAGGCAUCUGCUAUGUAACGAUGGCUACCCAUUCAAAUGAGGUACCUAAAAUAUAUUAAAACUUAUAUUAAGAACAUUUAUUUUAAAGUUCAAGUUAGGACCAUAUGUUAUAAAUAGACCAUUCUGCACAAUGAACAAGUUGGCAUUUCUGACUUACUAGAAUUUGUAAUUUACAUAUUUUAAAAUCGUUUUGAACUUUGGUAUGGCUUAUAGCAUUACAUCGUUAACCAAACUAGACAAAGAAGUCAGUAAAAGCAGGUACUGUCUUUGAAUUUACUGAGACUGAAUAAUGUAUCUGGACAUACUGUUAACUUGUUCAACCUACUUUAAAAACAAGAGAGAAUAACAACUAGGAGUCACCAAAACAUUGACUCCUUUUAUAAACAUACUACAUUCCCUAUAAGAACUCUUUGAUUUACAGCUCUUAAGAAUGUUGACAGAAUACCUAUAAAACCUUGAAUAUACUUUAAAAUAUCAAAUACCACAAAAAUCUCUUUGCCAGGGUACCCUAAAGUAGAUACUUAUGCAUUAUCAGACAUAAGGUAAACACAUGAGCCACGAGAUGGUUUCUUGUGCUGCAACUACACUGGGGGAUGUUGUCUGGGAAGUACACAGGUGAUGUAAUUUUCACAAUCCAUUGUCUCUGGACUUCAAAAUACUACUUUAAAUAAUAGAAUGCAUACUUACUUGACUCCUGUCAGAAGAGCCCAGUGCUCAUUAGUGAAUGAAUAACAGAAUUUCAUGUGAGUAAUAAAUUGAAAAAAGAUGAUCAAUUGAGACAAUAUAUAUGAAAAAAAAAAUCAGUUUUAAUUAUAUAAUGAGUCUUUUCAGAAACUUAGGAGCUUAAUCUACAGAUGGAAACAUAAGGGCAAUUUUCUCCGUUCUCACAUCCCCAUAUUUGAAAAGAAAAAAAAAAAAACCCAUAGGUAUACGUACUUUCACAAAUGGGACUAUUUUAAUGGAUAAAAGAAACAAGCACAUAUUCACCUGUGUAUGUAAACACUUUUUUUGUCGUUGAGUGAAUGUUCACAUAGUUGAUAUGAAAACUGAAAAUUGCAAAAGAUUUAACAACUGGGUAAAGUUUUUCAUUAGUUGAAAUUCACUCUAAAUAGCAUAUUUUGAUAUAUUUCUAUUCUACCUCAAAUGAAGGCUUGUUUUGAAAUGUAACUAGAGUUGUACCACUUUUUAUACAAGAGCUAUUGCUGAGAAGUCUGAAUAUUGUGGUUUUUAUUUUGUUUGCAGUAGAAUGACUUUAGAUGCACCAAGAUAAAUCUUUAAGGAAGCCUCUUUUUAAAUCACCACCUUUAACUUGUUUCUAUACAUCCAAGUUUUAUACUUGAUCUUUACUUAAAACUAGAUUUGUAUCUGUAUUGUCUUAUGUUCUUUGUUGUUACAUUUGACUAGUAUAUUCCGUAUUUUAAAAAUUAGUGUUUUGCAUUGCUCAAGUGCUAGAUAAAUUGGACAUUAGAGAUAUUUCCAUUACUGCCCUCAGCACAGUUAAUUGCUCUUGCCCUUGUGAAAGUGUUCCAAGUCUGAUAUCAGACUUACUUGAUAUAAUAUGCUUACAGUGAAAACUUUUUUAUAUUUAUGUAUAUUUGAUAAGGGUAAUUUAGUUUAUAGAUUUUACUCUUCACCUUUGUCCUUUUUUUCUUUGGAGAAAACUAACAUUCUCUUCAGAAAUUUAUCCUUCCUACUCUUCAACAAAUAGUACUGGAACAACUGGGUAGCCAUAUGCAAAAGUAUUAACUCUAAAUGGAUCAGAAACCCAGAUGUGUAAGAGGUAAAACUAUAAAACUUUUAGAAGAGAGUAAAUCUUUGAAACUUAAGAUUAGGUGAUCGUUCCUUAGAUGUGACACAAAAAGCACAAGCACCAAAAAAUAAAUUGGACUUCAUCAAAAUUAAAAACUUGUGCUUCAAAGAAUACCAUCAAGAAAACGCACAGAAUGGGAGAAAAUUUUUACAGAUCAUAUUACCUGACAAAGGACUUGUAUCUAGACUGUAAAGAACUUCUGAAACUCAACAAUCAACCCAGUUUUAAAAAUGAGUAAAGACUGAGUAGAUACUUCAAAGGAGAUACACAAAGGGCCUAUAAACAUAUGAAUAUGUGUUCAACAUCAUUAGUCAUCUGGGAAAUGCAAAUCAAAACUACAGUGAGAUGGCACUUCACACCCACUAGGGUGGCUAUAAUAAAAAAAAAGACCUAACAAGCAUUGGCAAGAAUGUGGAGAAAUUGGAACCCUGGUAAGCUGUUGCUGGGAAUGCGGUCACUUUGCAAAACAGCCUGGCAGUUCUUCAAAAGGUAAGUGAAAGAGUUACCAUAUGACCCAGCAAUUCUGACAGGCAUAUGCCCAAGAGAAAUGAAAGUACAUGUAAAAACUUGUACACAGAUUUCAUAGCAGCAUUAUAAUAGCUAAAAAGACUAAAUGUCCAGCUGAUGAAUUAAAAAGUGCUGUAUCCAUAUAAUGGGUCAUAUGGUAAGUGUUUUACUUGAUAAUGAACUGCCAGAAUUGUUUUUUGCAGUGUACCACUCUACAUUUCAACCAGGAAUGCUUGAAAAUUCCAGUUGCUCUACUUCAUCCCCAGAACUUGGUAUUGUUAGGGUUUUGUUUUGAAUUAGCCAUUCUAAAAGGUGUGCAGUGAUAUUUCAUUGUGGAUUUUAUUUUCCUGAUAGCUAAUAAUGAGGAAUAUCUUUUCAUAGGCUUAAUUUGCCAUCCACAUAAUCUUAAGUGAAAUGUCUUUUCAAGUCAUUUGCCCAUAUUUUGGAGGGUUGGUUUUUUCUUGAACAUUAUUUUAUAUUCUAGACAUAAAUGCAUUAUCAGAUAUUUUGCAAAUAUUUUCUCCUAGUCUGUGCUUUGAAGAGCAGACAUUAUUUUGAUAAAUCCAGUUUAUCUAUUUUUUAGGGAUUAUACUCCUUAGUUUUAUAUCUAAGAAAUCUUGCCUAACUCAUGGUUGGAGAUUUUUUUGCUGUUUUUUCUUCUAGGUAUUUUGUAGUUAUAGGUUUUACAUUUGGCUAUGAUCCAUUUUCUGUUAAUUUUGGUGUGAUAAGUUGUUCAUGUUUUUACAUAUGGCUAUCCUAGCACCAUUCGUUAAAAAAAACUAUUCUUUCUCCAGUGACCUUUGAAUCCUUGUCAAAAAUUGACUACAUCUAUAUCAGUCUAUUUCCGGGGUCUCUGUUCUGUUCCAUUGAUCCAAGGGUGUAACGUUCACCAGCCAGUACCAACCAGUGUCUUGAUUAGCCUUGAAAUCAGUUGGGAGUCCUCCAAAUUUUUUUCAAAAAUGUUUGGCUAUUUUAAUUGUACCUUGUACAUAUUUUUGUUACAUUUGAUGGUGGUACUAACAUUCAUAUGAUGUUAGCUGUAGACUUUUUGUAGAAGCUUCUUAUCAGGUUGAGGAUUCCUGCUAUUUCCAGUUAUGUUUUUUUUUUUUUUAAAUGAUAAAUGGGUGUUGAAUUUUGUCAGAUGAUUUUUCUAUACGUCUUUUGGGGGGAGAAAUUUUUUGAGAUAUAAUAAUUUACAUACCAUUAUAUUCACCCUUAAAAAAAUACAAUUCAGUGGUUUUUAGCAUAUCCAAAAGGUGGAUUUCUGCAGCUUUUGAGAUGUUCACAUAGUUUUUCUUCUUUUGUAUGUUGAUACAUAACAUUUUUUGUUUUUGAAUGUUAGAUCAACCUUUUAUUCCUGGGAUAAACCCACCCUGGUCAUGAUGUAUUGUUUUUAUAUAUUGCCAGAUUUUAUUUGCUAAUAAAAUUACAGUUACAUUAAAGUCUGUGACCUUAUAUAAAUAAA